CUAUUAGUCGAAACUUUCCUUCGUUGCAUAUUCAACUUUCCUAAUAUUCUCAACAUAUAUAUAUAUCAUAGCUAUAAAGCGUGAGUUCACAUCGUCGACGACGAAGAAGAACCAGUAGUGCCGUGCUCAAACUUGAGUUUCGUUCGUUUAUCGAAGCUGUUUGACUAGUUUGCGCAUGUGUUGAAAUGGCCAACAGCUCUCAGUCCUCUGGAGCACAGUUUCGGCCAGUGUUUCCAGCACCACCAGCUGGCCAGCAGUUUUGGCCGGUUGGACAAGGCAUGCCUUUCUCAAAUGUCGGGAUGCCAGCUGUUCCGAGUCAGCCGUUGCAGUUUUCUCAACCAAGUCAGCAAUUACCGUCGCGCCCAGGUCAGCCUGGCCAUGCACUACCUUCGUCACAGGGUAUACCGAUGCAGUAUCUUCAACAAAAUAGGCCGUUUUCUUCAGCUCCUCCACAGUCACAGCAAACUGGUCCCCCAUUAGGCAAUCACAUGCCUGGCUUAGGUCCUACUGGGGUGCCUCUUUCUUCAUCGUAUACGUUUGCUCCAUCUUAUGGUCAGCCACAAAAUCAUGUUAGUUCAUCAUCCCAGUUCCAACCAAUAUCUCAAAUGCAUGCACCUUCUGUGGCUGCUGCGGGACAACCUUGGUUGCCUCUGGCGAACCAUAGCGCAUCGCAUGCUGCACCACCACAGCUUACUGCGCAAUCUUCGGCGUCUUUGUCAGAACCAGCAUUAGAUUCUUCUGGCCUUUCUCAACAAUCCUCAUCGGAUUGGCAAGAGCAUACAUCUGCUGAUGGAAGAAGAUAUUAUUACAAUAAGAAAACAAAAGAAUCUAGUUGGGAGAAGCCUUUGGAAUUGAUGACACCAUUGGAGAGAGCUGAUGCAUCGACAGUUUGGAAAGAGUUUACAACUGCAGAGGGAAGAAAGUAUUAUUACAACAAAGUCACAAAGCAGUCUAAAUGGACAAUUCCUGAGGAACUGAAGUUAGCUCGUGAACAGGCUGAACAAGUCACUAGCCAGGGAGCACAAUCAGAUAUGGUUACAACUUCUCAUGCCCCAGCUGCUGUGGCUGUUCCUGUUGGUGAAACAUCUACUGCAGGAAUCAGCUCAGCCACUAGCCCAGUUGCAGUUACAUCUGUUGGGGCAGUUGCUAAUCCUUCUGUGGCGGUAGCUACUGGAUCAACCACUCCAGAGCCAUACUCCACUGCAACGAGUGUUGCAGCAGUUCAAACCCCUGAGGCAACUUUGAUUCCUUUAUCCACUGGUGUUUCUUCUGCUUUGGUGAAUGCCGAUACAACACCAGUGAGUGGCUUUGAUAAAACAUCAUCUCAAGAUGCUACAAAUUCUUUGGAUGGAUCUUUGACUCAGGAUAUUGAGUUUAGGGAGCCAGCUUUAAUCGAGGAGUUUUACUCUCAGGAAGCCAAAAAGGUUGUAGUGGUUGCCGAACAAAUCAAUGCGACUCCUGUGGAUGAUAAAACAUCUGAUGAUGAACCUCUAGUAUAUGCCAAUAAACAGGAGGCGAAAAAUGCAUUCAAAGCACUACUGGAAUCUGCAAAUGUUCAGUCUGAUUGGAACUGGGAGCAGACAAUGCGGGAGAUCAUUAAUGAUAAGAGAUAUGCAGCUCUAAAAACACUUGGUGAGCGAAAACAGGCAUUCAAUGAGUAUUUGGGUCAAAAGAAAAAGAUGGAGGCUGAGGAAAGGCGUAUGAGGCAGAAAAAAGCUCGUGAAGAAUUCACAAAGAUGCUUGAAGAGUGCAAGGAGCUCACAUCAUCAAUGAAAUGGAGCAAAGCUGUAAGUUUGUUUGAAAAUGAUGAGCGAUUCAAGGCAGUUGAAAGAGUGAGAGACAGGGAGGAUCUUUAUGAGAACUACUUGGUAGAACUUGAGAGGAAGGAAAAGGAAAAUGCUGCAGAAGACCAUAGGCGUAAUGUAGCAGAAUACAGAGAGUUUUUGGAAUCUUGUGACUUUAUUAAGGUGAGUAGCCAAUGGAGAAAAGUCCUAGAUCGCUUGGAGGAUGAUGAAAGGUGUUUGCGUCUUGAGAAAAUUGACCGUUUGAUGAUUUUCCAGGAUUAUAUUCGGGAUCUGGAGAAGGAAGAAGAGGAACAAAAAAAGAUACAGAAGGAUAAACUGAGGCGGAUUGAGCGCAAAAAUCGAGAUGCUUUCCGCAGUUUAAUGGAAGAACAUGUUGCUAGUGGCACUCUUACGGCUAAAACUCGCUGGCAUGAAUAUUGUUUGAAGGUUAGGGAUUUACCUCAGUAUCAGGCUGUUGCAUCAAACACCUCAGGCUCAACACCAAAAGAGUUGUUUGAGGAAGUUACUGAAGACUUAGAUAAACAGUUUCAUGAUGACAAAACUCGUAUAAAAGAUUCAAUGAAGUCAGGGAAGGCUACCUUGUUGUCCUCGUGGUCAUUUGAAGAUUUCAAAACUGCUAUUAUGGAGGAUGUUGGUUUACCGGCAAUAUCAGAUAAUAACUUAAAGCUUGUAUAUGAGGAUCUACUUGAGAGAGCGAGGGAGAAGGAAGAGAAAGAAGCUAAAAAACGUCAACGCCUUGCUGAUGAAUUCACUAAUUUAUUGCACUCAUAUAAGGAAAUUACUGCAUCUUCUAUUUGGGAGGAGUGUGUGUCACUUUUUGAAGAGAGCCAAGAAUACAGAUCAAUUGGGGAAGAGAGCUUUAGGAGAGAGAUUUUUGAAAAAUACAUUUCACACCUACAGGAGAAGGCUAAAGAGAAGGAACGCAAACGGGAGGAGGACAAGGCUAGAAAAGAGAAAGAGAAAGAGGAGAAGGAAAAACGGAAAGAGAAAGAAAGAAAGGAGAAAGAACAUGAAAGAGAAAAGGUGAAGGAACGUACAAAAAGGGAUGAGACAGACAGUGAGAACGUUGAUGUGGUGGAUGAUUAUGGCCAUAAAGAAGACAAAAAGAGGGAAAAGGACAAAGAUAGGAAACACCGGAAACGACAUCAAAGUGCUACUGAUGAUGUGAGUUCUGAUAGGGAUGAGCGAGAAGAUUCUAAAAGAUCACGCAGACAUGGCAGUGACCGUAAGAAAUCAAGAAAGCAUGCAUACACACCUGAAUCAGAUAGCGAAAGCCGUCAUAAAAGGCACAAAAAGGAUCACCGGGAUGGUUCCCGUAGAAAUGGGGGUCAUGAUGAGCUAGAAGAUGGGGAGCUUGGCGAGGAUGGUGAAAUCCACUAGUGUCUUUGUAGUCCCAUAUUUACAGAUUGCUAAACCAUGUUGCAUUUAGUAUAUACAAGUAAUUUGGAGUUUUAUCAACUGGGAAUGCUGGGCAUGGUGCUCAAAACAAUUUUCUUUCAAUGCAUUUGACUUGUUCAUUUUGA